AUGUUGUCCAAGCCAAAGCCCACAGCCAAGCUACCAACCACGGCCAAACCAAAAGUGCCAACCCCACUGCCCACCACCACCCCAGUGCCCACCACGGCCAAGCCAAAGGCCACAGCCACGCUCCCCACCACGGCCAAGGCCAAACCCACAACCACACUUCCCAGCACAACCACAGCCAAGCCAGCACCCACAACUCCAGCACCCUCCACAACCACAACAUUACCAACCCCAGCCAAGCCAAAACCCACAACUACGCUAUCGCCCACAACCCCGGCCAAACCAGAGUCCUCAACCACGCCGCCACCCUCAGCCAAGCCACAGCCUGCAGUCACACUAGCAGACACACUUACAGACAAGCCAAAAGACACAAAGUCCCUCCCCACCACAACCACGGCCAGUUCAGAACCCAUCAUGCCAGCAACCAUCACUAUGGCCAUGCCAACACUCACCACAUCAACACCCACCACAACUUCUGCAGCCAAACCAAAACCCACUGCUACAACUGCAGCAAGGGCAAAGCUUAGCACUACACCAGUACCCCUGACAGUGACAACAAGUCCACAACAGAAACCCACCACAACGACAAGGCCAGCCCUCAUCAGAACAGAAGGACCCAGUCCUACCGAAGCAGCUGGGCUAACGUUGUCUUUUGACCCCACAUUAGACCUGGAUUAUAAAAUAUCUCCAGACACAGAGGCAGACACUGCAGAGCCUGUUACCCCUGUAACAACCGAGGAUCCGGCCUUCUUAGAAACGGGCACAGCCUCCAGCCCCAAAGCGGUCCCAGAAACAAAUAAGGGCAUGAAAGAGAGUGGCAGAGAAAAACCAGACUUCUCAUUUUCCAGUCAGUCUCCAUCCCACAGCCAAAUUAUCUCAGAGAUCGAGUUAGGUUCCAAUAAAGCUGAGCUCAUAACUUCCUCAAAGUCAGUGGUCUUCAGCCCCGAAGAACCCACCUUCUUGCGUUUAACAUCAUCUUCCAAAGAAACAAAGGGGCAGAGCCCCGCUUUCCAGACCUCCCUCUCAGGUAAGGUAAUUGUGGAACCCGUCCUGGCACGGACACGUUAA